UUUUGACAAUGAAGAAGAAAUCGACUCACAGACAUUAAACCCUGAAUCUGUUCAGAGCCCAUCUCUUUUUACACCUGAACAAAAAGAUGAAUGGGACGUAGUGGAGGAGAGUGAUGGUGAAGAGAUUUUAAUGGAGGACAGUGCAACAAAUGUUAGCGCCUCUACUACUGACGUUAUUGAGGCAACACAACUCACACCUAUGUCCAAAAAAGAACGCAAAUUAAAACUAGCCCAGAAAAUAAUCGAACGAAUUUUCAAAAGAAAGCUCUACACGUGCGUCUUUGAAAGUGGUCCAGUUAGUGCAAAAGAAAUCCAU